AAGACGCUGAGCUUGUCGAUCAGAAAGGUCGGCGGUUCGGAUCCCUAGUAUAGGUCUCCUCCCUGCGCGAGCAGGGGGGUUGGACUAGAUGACCUCCAAGAUCCCUUCCAAUUCUGUUACUGUUGUUAUUAUUAAUGGGAAAGACAAUUCAGGAAAGUAAUAAGCCUGCGGAUUCUUAUGGCUCCACUUUUAAUGCUUAAUCAAUUUAAUUAGUUCAUUUUUAAUUAAGCUGAAUUUUAACUAAGUUGAAUCAUUCUAAACUAAAACUCUAGGAAGCCGGGAGAAUGUGGCUGGCUCUCGCGAGGCUCUAUAAACUGGUUAGCAUGAAAAGGCGGAAGUUUGAAUUCCUCUCCACCCUCGCCCGCCAAAGCAGAGCAGUUGUUCUUCCCCUUUGGGAUUUAUUGGUGCUCUUCAGCCCUACAGAUCCCUUCGAAUCGUACGCGGGUGGAUUCUUCUGAUCACUAGGUAAUAAAUGUAGGAAAGACAUUGGAGAUUAAUACCAAGUAAGGGAGAAGUAACACUUAAUUUCCAAAGAAAAGGGACUUUAAUAGGAAAGGAGUAGAAAGGAACUUUUUUCCUGAAGUUUAAAGCAAUUUACUUGCCUCCUAGAAAGAGUCGGUGGCUUUUUUUUCCCCCUUAGCUCACCCAGUUUCAUUUUUGCAUUAUUUUGCCACUGACUAUUGACAUGCAUUGUUCUCAAAAUGCAAAAUUCUAAUUGAUUUGAAACCAUGCCAUGAUUUUCUAAAUAAACUGACAAAAUACAGGUCUUUAUAAAAUUUAAUUUAUUUUCAUUAUCCCAUACUUUUCUUUACUACAAAUACUUGAAAAUGUGGUAGGAAACAGCUGCAAUAUCCAGCAUCAAGUGAAGUCAAUUAUGGAUGGUGGAGCUAGGUUUGUUGAAACUCUAAAGCGGACAGGAUAUUUCAAGGCAAAUUCACUUAAUGGAGAAGACUUUGACUGGUUAUUUGAAACUUUGGAAAAUAAAUCAUUUCUGGAGUGGUUCUGUACAGCUUUGAAUGAACGGAAUGUAUUAUCUGAAGAAGAGUUGCAGUCGUUUAAUGCUCUCCUAAAAUCAUCAAAAUCUAUUUUAGGAGAAGAAGCUCUCAGUGAAGUUCUUAAGAUUUCCAAGCCUCUUGAUUUGAACACUAACAAUUAUGAGGAAGAAGAGGAAACCCUUAAAAUGUUAGAAAAUGAAUUUCAAACUCUUAAAAAGAUUAAACAGGUAAAGAUUCAUCGUCGUAACAAACUUCAAAUCAUGGCUUCGGCCAAUAGUUUUAUCUCCUUAAAAGUUAAAGAAAGAGGUGAGGAAGGACUUAAAAUCCUGAAAGAUGGUCAAGGGAACUUUACAGCCAUGAAUAUAAAGAUAAACAAUGAGCUUCAAACCCUAACUGAAGGAGUUAAGAAACUUGCUUCUUUGUUUGCGGUUGCAGCUGGGCAAGAUCUGGGUUCUCCUCCUGUGUUGCUAACCCAACUUCCUUUAGAUAAUUAUUUGUAUCAAGAAGAACAAAGCACCGGAGCUCUUACUUCCUAUACAAAAAAACAGUUUUUUCAGGGUAUAUCUGAAUUGGUGGAAAGUUCUAAUGAAGAAAAUUUUCAACUUUUACAUAUAAGUAAGUCCUCCAGCUACGAGGGAAGCAGUGAUAUAUGUGAUGAAAGAUCAGAACUGGCUAAGUUGCAAAUGGCAUAUAUUUGUGCUCAGCAUCAAUUAAUUCAACAGCAAGCUAAGAACCUAAGUAUGAGAUCGGGUCUUCAGUGGGCAGAGAAGACUAUUGGCGCUUUAAAAAAGAUUCAUGGAAAAGAAAACUUUGAAGCUAAAAUUUCUAGCUUGAAUAAUGACAUUGCAAAAAUAAAAAUAGAUUUAUCACAAAUAAACAGUGGAACCCUACCUUCACUGAUUAAGGAAAAUGCAGAGCUCUUGAAUAUGCCUGUGGUUAAAGGGGAUUUUGAUUUACAAAUUGCUCGACAGGACUACUAUAUAUCUAGGCAGGAUCAAAUUUGUAACCAGCUGAUCAAACAGAAGGCAUCAUUUGAAUUUCUUCAGUUGGCAUAUGAAAUUGAAUUUCAAAAAUUUAGGGAAAAUAGCCGUCUGCUGGAAAAUAUGGUGCAAGACCUGAAAUUAAGCAAUGACAUUUUAGUACGGACAAUAGAAACAAUGUCUGAGCCUUCUAUAGCCCUCCAAAGGACACCAAGAAGCACUGUUGAGCCAAAGGAUAUUGCAGCACAUAGGAUGUGUAAACUUCUGGAAGGAAGGAAUCCAAAGCAAUUAUUUAGAACAUAUGAAAGGCUUGAGGAGAUGGCUGAAAAUUUGCAUUUGGAUUCAGUAUCGGUGCUUGACCGAUUAGUGCUAGCUGGCCAAGAACAAAAUCAUCUUUUGUCAAAGAUGGAUGCUGAUUUAACAAUUCUUCAUGAUUCCAUAUACUGCAAAGGAGAAAGUGUGUGCCUUAGUAAUCAGCAACUGUCUGAACAGUUACAACAGUUGGAAUUCCAGUUGAAUAAAAUAAAUCAGCUUAUUACAGAUUUCCUUGCUGAUAUAAAAGCUAAGAAGGAUGUCUUGGAGAAUAAUAAAGUACAGGAGAUGGAAAGAAAACUCUAUGUGUUCUUCUUCAACGAUGAAGAACGUUUGAAAAACAUUGUGGAAACAUUGGAGCAACGGGUUGAGGCUCAACCCAACCUUUAAAGAUUAUAUGUUAAAUUAUUAACAUAGAUUUUUGGGGGGAGGGGUGUGUGUUUAUAGAUUAUUUUUUUUGCAUUGAAUUUUAAUCAAAAGGGCUAUUGUUGCAGCACCAGAAAGUUUAAAGGAAACUAUGAAACCACCUCUAUGUGUCAAUAGUUAUUUAGCGAACUAGAUAUACUAUAUUCUUGAGUUUAAACUCAUAAUAUAAUCUGGGAAAUAUUCUCAUAUGAAAAAAACUAAGUCCAAUGGACUUGUUGCAAGACUUCCUAGUUUAUUACACUAAGUAGGAGAGAUGUGUAGAAUAUUAAUUCAUUAGCCAAUAGUUUUUCCAUUGGUUUUUAAAAAAUCCUUAUAUUCAGUAUAUUUCUCAUUAACAUUUCAUCCUAAUUAGGCAAAUAUUCUGAGCUACCUUCCUCAACCUGAUGCUUUCCCAUAGUGUGAUUAGAAUAGUUGUGGAUUAGGACAGCAGGGGAAUAUUGGGCUAUGAAAAGCUAUUCUUACAGGAUAAUAAAACCUGCAUUUCUGUAACCAAUAAUACUCUGUGUUAUGUAUGUUACACACUCCUUCCACACACUUAUAUUCAGUUGUAAUCAUUAAUUUUAGUACCAGAUUUAACAUGAUAAUUAGAUUGUAAAUAUUGGCCCUAUCAGAAAACUGAGUUUUGUAACUGAAACAUGUAAGCUUCAAAUAAAUGUUUAAGCAAAUCAAA